ACAUCUGUUCUGUUGUUUGGUUUGUGGGCGUGAUAUAAACAGAGGGGCGAGGUACUGGGGACGCUGGUUUACUGAAUGGUUGUGCAGCCACAGUUUUUUAAAAUUAGGAAUGUCGCGUAAGGAGUUUUUCGUAUUGGCAAGUGCUCAGUUUAAUUGUUAUUUAGUUUAGUGUAAAUCAUAUAAACUCAUACGGGAAAUAACGUCAUCGUUUAUUUAAUAUGCCGCUCACGAAUUGAGAGUGUGAUGUUCAUUGUUUCUUUCGCGUGUAGUACAACAUGGCAUGUGUUCAGCGGGCAUUCGCACAGAAAUUGUCAAAGCAACAUGCUGCAGAAGUUAGAAGGCAAAUUGCAUCAUCAUCUUACAGUCAGGAUUCUAAGAAUCAGAAUCUCUUAUCGCUCUCUUCGGCAUCCUUGUACGACGUUGUGGAGCCAAUGGAUUAUGAAGAAUUUGUUCAGUUAAAUCAAAUGCUUUUGGAACGGGAUCCAUUGCACCAUGUCCUGGACUUUCCAGAAAAUGAUAUUGAGGUGGUAGUAAUACCUCGAAAAAUUAGGACAGUGGAUCCUGUAGUACCUGAGGAGCCUUCGGAUGAGCUGUCACCGCACGUUCGUGACUGCGUUCGUUGCUACACAUCUGAUUACAUUUUUGUGAAACAUAACUAUAGGCAGUAUUCAAGCAGUUGUUCCAUACGAGAUCGUUGUGGUGAACGUUUGAGUGUUGUUCAAGGAAUUCCACAUCAAGAAUUUGAAAUUGACUAUGAAGAACCAACUACUUCUAGUACUCCUGAUGAUGAAGUGUUCAGGGUUGAGUCUGGACUGUCGUCAUCUCAGCAGUCAGUCCACUCUGUUGAUACACCACGUGCAAGCUGGGCGAGCUUUGAUCUCCGAAGCUCUGUUAGUGACAUGCUUAUACCUUCAUUGUUGGAGAGAGUGCCUCCAGAAACAAUUGAUCAACUGAAUGAGGCAAAAAGACAAGACAACAGACAGGAUGGACUGUUCACCCUUUAUCCUGUUCAAGAUGAAGAAGAGAUGAUUGAGAAGCGAAUCCCUGCUGAAAUACCAAAUGAGCACAUGGGACACAGGAUUUUAGUCAGGUGUUUGCAGCUCAGGCUAGAAUUGGAAGUUGAACCAAUAUUUGCUUCAAUUGCCUUGUAUGAUGCCAAAGAAAAGAAGAAAGUAUCAGAAAACUUUUAUUUUGAUAUGAAUUCAGAAGGUCUGAAGCACAUGCUGUCUUCUCAUAUUCCCUACAGUGACACAAGCACUCUUAGCAGGGCAUGUGUUUUUGAUAUCACAUAUCCUUCUUCUGAUCUGUUUUUUGUAAUCAAAUUAGAGAAGGUGUUACAGGGUGACAUAAAUGACUGUGCUGAACCCUAUAUAAAAGAUGACAAGAGUCGUGAGAAACUGAAGACCAAUGCUGUUACUGCUUGUGAACGUCUAGGGAAGUACAGGAUGCCAUUUGCAUGGACUGCGAUAUAUGUAAUGAAUGUCAUUGAUGGUGUCAACAGUUUAGAAAGAGAAAGCGGAAGUGACAGAGAAAACACAGGAUCAUAUAGCUUAGACCGAAAAUCUAGCAGCAACAGCUUUGACCAGUUCAGAAAACGUGCAAGUGAUAUGGGGUCUUUAACAAGAAGAGGAUCAUUAGAAAGGCGUAGCAACUUGGAAAAGCGUCGUAGUUGGUCUCCUGAUGACUUUGGUUCCAAUCUUGAUACUUUUCGUCCAGUCACCAUUACUGUGUCUAAUUUUUUUAAGCAGGAAAGUGAUCGCUUGAGGGAUGAAGACCUCUACAAGUUUCUUCAAGAUUUGAAACGACCAUGUUCUGUUAUUAAAAAGUUAAAAUCAAUACCUGGGACACUGAAACUUGAUAUUUCGCCAUGCCCAGAAGAAUUAAAAAACUGUCUGACUCCAGAAUUAGCAAAACUUAAACCAUUUCCAGAUGAAAUGAGUCGGCCAACAAAAGAAAUAUUGGAAUUUCCUACUAGAGAAGUAUUUGUUCCUCAUUAUACAUACAGAAACCUUCUGUACGUAUAUCCUAAAGACUUGAAUUUUGCGAGCAGAGCAGGAUCAGCAAGAAAUAUUGCUGUCAAAGUUCAGUUAAUGUGUGGAGAGGAAGAACGACAUGCAUUACCUGUAAUAUUUGGUAAAUCAUCAUGCCCUGAAUUCAUGUCAGCUGCAUAUACGGUCGUCAGUUAUCAUAACAAGUGUCCUGACUUUUAUGAUGAAAUAAAAAUGAAACUUCCAGCUAAUCUUGGAUCACAGCAUCAUUUACUUUUUACAUUUUACCAUAUCAGCUGUCAACGAAAAAUUGAACAACCGGUUGUUGAAACUCCUAUAGGCUACACAUGGCUUCCAUUGUCCCCAGAUGGCCGGCUCCAAAUUGGAGAUUUUUGUCUUCCAGUAAUGGUGGAACAUCCACCACCUAGAUAUUCCUACAUUCCACCUGACGUGCUUCUACCUGGUACUAAAUGGGUUGAUAACCAUAAGGGCAUCUUUAGUGUUGUUUUAGAAGCUGUUUCUUCGGUUCAUACUCAGGAUAAAUACCUGGACAGGUUCUUGAAUCUGUGUAGUGCUAUAGAAGAAAGAAAUAUUCCUGUGCGAUACGGUGAAAAUUUAGAGAGUGAACUAAAAUCAAGCAUAUUGGAACUUACCCAUUCAAAGUCUGAACCGUUGGUCAAAUUCCUGCCAGUUGUAAUCAACAAACUUUUAUUGCUAAUGGUGAGACCUCCAACAGUAGCUGGGCAGAUUCUAAAUGUUGGUCAUACUUCAUUUGAAGCAAUGGCAAUGCUUGUAAGAAAUAUCUCGGUUCUGCAGGAGGGCCAUUGUGGACCUGGUGGGCGACAUAGUUUACUUACCACAUAUAUCAGUUACCAGUGUAUGUUGCCACACUGUGCAGAUAUGUAUGCGGAGAACAAUGUUUGCCCUCCUCAGAGUCCUGAGAACACAUCACACCAGUUUACAGUCCCUCCACUCAGAAGCAGACAUUUAAGGAGCAGUAGCAAUCCUGAUAUGUAUGCAUCUCUUACUGGUGAUGAUGAGGUAAAUUCAUUAGCCAGGGGACUUGAUCGAACAUCAAGUAUGAGGAGUGGCCCAGGUCAAGAGAAUUUUGCAUAUAUUUCCAAUGUUCAUCAGCCACGUAAAUUGCUUCAUGAAGAACUGGCACUGCAGUGGGUGAUGUCUAGUGGAAUAGCUAGAGAACUUGCAAUGACAAAUUCAUGGUUUUUCUCUGAAUUGAUAGCAAGGAGCAUGGCAGAAUACUUGGCAACAUCUCGAAGCUUAAAUACUCCACGAAAAAUCAGAUUUUCAGAACAGUUCACAGAUGAUAUAUCCACCUUAGUAUCCACUAUCACUUCUGAUAUAAUUUCCCACAGCAACAGAGAUGGAAAGGCGUCGCAGAACCUGAAUGCAAGCUUAGCAUUUUUCCUCUUUGAUUUACUUUCUAUAAUGGAUCGAGGUUUCGUGUUUACUCUUAUAAAGAACUAUUGUAAGCAGAUGUCUUCAAAAAUUUCAUCUCUGUCUGAUGCAGCUUGCUUGAUUAAUUUGAAGUUGGACUUUCUAAGGAUUGUUUGCAGCCAUGAACAUUUUGUAGCAUUGAAUCUACCAUUUGGGACACCUUUUACUCCAAGCUCUGCUCCUUCAUCACCAAACCCAUCUAUUUCGUCAUCUACAAGCCAGUCAUCAUUUGUGUCAACACUUGUUGGAGGUGAUUUGAUGAGUUUUGCAGAUCUGUCACCUGCAUUUCGACAACAACACUUCCUGAUUGGACUUGUUCUCACAGACCUGGCUACAGUUCUGGAAUUACAGAAUCCUAACCUUCAUUUUAAAGUGGUCAACCUUGUGCGUAAUUUGCUGACAUAUCAUGACAGUGACCCACGAUUUGCGGAACCUGAAUGUAGAGCACGAGUGGCUGCCCUGUACUUGCCAUUUCUGGGUAUUGUCAUGGAUGCCUUACCACAACUUCAUGGCUUUUUCCCAGGAGCUAGAGGUCGUAUGUUGCUGGUACCAGGCUCAGAUAAUAUGGAACCUCAAAAUGGUAUUGAUCAUUCUAUUGCAAUGGCAAUUGCUGGUACAACAGUGUUUCCAAAGUCAGUUGGACCUGAUAAUACUCAAGGCCAACAGAAUUGGAAAUGUGGCUUGAGUUCUGAUACAACACGUAAUCUUCUUAUUUGCUUUCUGUGGGUAAUCAAAAAUGUUGAUAAAACCGUUUUGAAGCAUUGGUGGACAGAGCUGCCUUCACAGAGACUGCAUCAGCUCUUAGAAGUGCUCAAUAUUUGUAUUUCUUGCUUUGAAUAUAAGGGCAAGAAAGCUAUUAAAAGAUUCUCACAACAAAGUUUUCGUAAAACGACUGACAUCAAAUCUCGCUUGGAAGAUGUAAUUCUAGGACAGGGGUCAGCACGAAGUGAAAUGAUAAUGCGACGUAAAGAAAAGAAUCCUCCAGCUUCUCCUGGUUGGCCAGGUGAUCGAUUACGAUGGCGCAAAGAACAAAUGGCAUACCGUCCCACUGCAGAACAGCCAGAACGACCAAGGGCUGAAGUUGAGACAGAUGCUCAUAUAGAAGGAAAUCUGGCCACAGAAGUCAGCUUUGUUAUUCUAGAUACAUUGGAGCAAAUUGUUCAGGUUGCAUCACAGACAGAUAACUUGCAGGGACUACUUGGAGUGGUAUUGAAAGUUUUAUUACAUGCUCUCUCAAGAAAUCAGAGCACUAUAGUUCUUCAGAACAUGUUUGCAACACAGCGGUCCCUUGUAUUUAAGUUCCCAAAUCUGUUAUUUGAUGAAGAAACAGAGCAGUGUGCUGACCUCUGUUUACAACUUCUGAAACAUUGCAGUUCAAACAUGGGCAGUGUUCGAUCCCAGGCAUCUGCAUCACUCUACCUUUUAAUGAGACAAAACUUUGAAAUAGGAAAUAAUUUUGCUAGAGUAAAAAUGCAGGUGACAAUGUCUCUCAGUUCACUUGUUGGAACCAGCUCUUCAUUUAGUGAAGAGUCAUUGCGGCGCUCUUUGAAGACAAUUCUCGUUUAUGCAGAAGAAGACACUGAAUUGCAGGAAACAACUUUUCCAGAGCAGGUUAAGGAUCUUAUUUUCAAUCUACACAUGAUUCUCUCUGAUACUGUAAAAAUGAAAGAAUUUCAAGAAGAUCCAGAGAUGUUGUUGGAUUUGAUGUACCGUAUAGCAAAAGGAUACCAAAAUUCACCAGAUUUGCGGCUUACUUGGCUUGCAAACAUGGCUCAAAAACACAUGGAGCGCAAUAACCACACAGAGGCAGCAAUGUGCCUUGUGCACAGUGCUGCACUGGUAUCAGAAUAUCUUCAUAUGCUUGAGGAUUUGCCACACUUGCCACCGGGUGCUGUAGGAUUAGAAGGAAUAACACCCAAUGUACUGGAAGAGAGUGCUGUCUCAGAUGAUGUAUUGAGUCCAGAGGAAGAAGGUGUAUGUCUUGGGAAAGAUUUUACUGAAAGUGGACUAGUUGGGUUGUUAGAACAUGCUGCAAACUCAUUUCAUACGGCUGGCAUGUAUGAAGCGAUGAAUGAUGUGUACAAAAUUCUGUUGCCUAUCGCAGAAGCAAAUAGAGAUUACAAAAAACUGUCAAAUAUUCAUGGGAAAUUACAUGAUGCAUUUACUAGAGUUGACCAGCUGCAGGGAAAGCGUGUCUUUGGAACAUACUUCCGUGUUGGUUUCUAUGGAACAAAAUUUGGAGAUCUGAAUGGAGAAGAGUUUAUCUAUAAAGAACCAACUUUAACAAAAUUGCCUGAAAUUUUUAGUCGGCUUGAGAAUUUCUAUGCUGAAAGAUUUGGAUCUGAAAACAUUGUCAUUAUAAAAGACUCAAAAGCUGUAGAUUUGAGCAGUUUGAACCCAGAAAAAGCUUACAUUCAGAUAACAUAUGUGGAGCCUUAUUUUGAGUCUUAUGAAAUGAGGUACCGAGUAACAUACUUCGACAGAAAUUUUAACAUCAAAAGAUUUUACUACGCAACUCCAUUCACACCUCGAGGAAGAGCUCAUGGGGAACUACAUGAGCAGUAUAAACGCAAGACUAUACUAACUACCGCAAACCAUUUUCCAUACAUUAAAACUCGUAUACAAGUAGUGGAUAGAAAACAGAUUAUUUUAACCCCUAUUGAAGUUGCUAUUGAAGAUAUUCAGAAGAAAACAAUGGAACUUGCACAGUCAACACAUCAAGAACCUCCAGAUCCAAAGAUAUUGCAGAUGGUGUUACAGGGUUGUAUUGGUACAACUGUAAAUCAAGGCCCCAUGGAAAUAGCUGUUGUCUUCCUAUCUGAGCUUCUAAGUGGACAGAAAGCUCCAAAUAAACUUCAAAACAAAUUACGCCUUUGCUUCAAGGAUUUUUCUAAAAAGUGCAAUGAUGCUCUGAAGAAGAAUAGAAACUUGAUUGGUGCAGAUCAGAGAGAUUACCAGCGUGAACUUGAAAGAAAUUACAGUUGCUUUACUGAGCGCUUACUUCCCCUUAUUACUGUAAACAAUGCACAUCGAACCUCUAUUAACAAAAAGUAAAAACACUGACAAUUGAAUCUUACCAUAAUUUAAACUUUUUAUACAUCUCUACUUGUGUUGAUAAAUUUUUAUCUAUCUCUUGUGGGACAUUAUACAGUGCAGUCAGUUUUGUAAGUGAUAAAAAUCAAGCUGUGAACUGAUCUGUGAGACUUUUGUGUUAUAUAACUUAAAUUGAUUUUUCAGAAAGAUUGGUUUCAUAGUGUGCCACAGACAUUAAAUCAGCAUAAAAUGAGCUAAAAAUGCUUCACUCCGUCUCGAUACUAUGACGAGCAGUGUGUUGCUAUGAAUAUCUGUGAUAUUAAGCUACUAUUUUAUAACUAAUUUAUGCUCAUGCGUAUAAUAAGAGUGAUGUUAGGAGUAUCAUUAGACUUCAACAUUAUGCUAGAAUUAAACCUUGUGACUUGGCACCUUUGAUGAUUUUGAGCUGUAAGCUAGAGUGUGUUUUGUCUUAAUGUUAUUAUUUAAUAAUAGUAAUUAUUGUAAUGUGGGUACUCAAUGUGAAUUUAUUUAAUGUCUACAUGAAGAGGAGAUUUAAGAUGUGCCAUUAGACUGUUCAUUCCUUAAAAAAUGCUUGUAUCAAUAUCACAGACAGUUUUGUUGUUGUUAUGAACAAAAUUAGUAAUGUUUUGAGUUCCACGUAUGAAAUCCUACAGCUCUUCACCUAUCUACAUGAAGGAUCUGGUGAAAUGCCAAUAUAUAUGAAACUGUCAGUUCCUAACAGACUUAAAUGUUGUACAGCACUGGGACAUGAACCUGGGCUCAGGCAUUUCAUGGACAGUGCUAUUACUAUGUUAGCCAGGUAUUUUACAUGGCAUCACUCAGUCUGCCACCAGUACCAACCUCUUAUCUUCCAAAUCCCACAGCAUUCUCUGGCAUGCUUUGUUAAUCAAGUGUGAGAGAUGUACUGCAAAAUGAAUAUUUGAGUCUGCCUGUAAGUUGUGACCAGAUAUUUUAGCCAGGAAGACCAUAGCUUUUGAAAGCUAAAGGAAUAGAUUUGACUGAGAUUGUAUGCUCAGACUGUGCAAUAUAUAGAAAUGAAAAUUUAGACUGUAUUAAAAGGCAAAAUUGCAUUCAAUAUGAUGUUUGCUCCCCUAUAAGGAUGGAUAAUAUGUGAUGUUCUGCUCGUUAGUUUUAUCACUUUUUUGUGGGUCUCCUGCAUUAGACUGAAAUGUUUAGUAAUGUAUGUCAACUAAUAACUCACAAUUCACUGUUCUUGUCUGGUGUAUAAUUUUAACGCAUUAGAAAGUUUUGUUCUUUAUGUUUGAAGCUACGUUCAGAGUCUUAAUUUUCUGAAACAAUUAUUCCACCAAAGUUACAGAACCUGAAAGACUAGGGUGAUAUCACAUAUCUUUAUGGUGAGAUCAGUGGUUUGUAACAAGAUUUUCCUUACUCUGCUUUACCUGAAUCUGCCAAUUAGUUGACUUGGUAUUCUUCAGAUGUGAGUAUAUGGUGUGUGACAACCAAGAAAGCAACUGGUGAAUGCUAAAUAUUCGUUUAAUUAAUUUCCAGUACAGAAGAAGCAAAAAAUAAAAAUCCCAGGUCCAUUAUUUUUUUAAAAUCUUUCAUUUUUAUUUUAUGGGUUUGUAUUUAUUGUCCCUACUCACUGAAAAUGGGAUAAUUUCAGAUGCACUUUCUGACAAAAAUAUGCAGCAUGAGUUGAAAUUGGAUAGAUACAUUUUCUAAAGUCCUUUGUUAAUGUUGAAGUAAUCAAUUGUCUUCAUUUUUUACUGUUUACGCAAUUCAUGACUUUGAUGCAUAUAAUGCCACAGCCCAUGGUUAUGGUUUCCAUGGUAAAAAUAGUAUAAAUGUAUUCCAGUUUCAUGUAGUUAUGGGCCUAGUCUAUCUACAUGGUGUAUAUAUCAGGCUGAGCUUCAUAUGAUUUCCAAAUUAUUUAUUUAUUUAUUUUUUAAUCUUCAUGAUGUUUAUUCAAAAUUGAGUGCAUAGUCAGAACUGUCUCAUUUCCAGUAGAGCAUUACAAUCUUACACUAUAACCACUUUCUUAACACCCCAGGUUCCUAGCUCUCAAUUGGGGAAAGUUGAAUUACUUUGACAUAACAGCAUAUCUGCAUCACCAACCUGUUAUAGCACAUGAGCAGUUUUCGUUUGUAAUGCUGAUCUUUUGUAAAGAUAGGUACUUAUAAUAAGCAGUAAAACCUGUAAAGCAUAUCUUCUAAGCAGUAAAACGCAUAAAGCAUAUCUUCCUCUUUAUAAAAUGAUCAUAAUUGUCUAUAUGGAAUAUUUAAUUGGUAGAACUUCAUUAGGGAGAUGUAGCUUACCCAUUUCCUCCAACUAAAGCAAUCUGUGUCUGGUGUAGAACUUGUGUUAUAUGUUCCCAGCACCCUCUCUUCUAGUCAGUCAAGAAAAAUUGUUUGGGGGUGCUCUUAUGUUUUCAAGCAGUUUAUGAAUUUCCUGCAGCUCAGCAACACCACUAAAUGUCAAUCUCUUUUCAACUAUUCCUUAGUUAGGUUGAUGUGGCAUUCACUUACUGUUGUUCCAUGUGAGUCUGAGGUAAUUAAUUUUGUAUUGUGGUAAAUUUUAUCAGCUAAAAUUUAUAUCAGAACAAUUUUAAAAUAAAGUAUGCACCUGAGAGGUUAUUGAACAUGUAGGCAAUACUACCAGGAAGCUGCAGAACACUGACAGAUUUGUAUAUACCUAAUACCUGUAAUCCGCUACUUCCACUUUUUGUUCGUGUCAUAAGAAACAAAACUUUCUUCGUGUCAUGUUACAUCCAGAAAUGUCAUGUUAUCAUGACUCAGUUAUUAAGUGUUCAAAAAGGAAGACUUGAAAACAUUAAGUCAACAUUUGUCUUGAAUUACAGUGUGUGUUAAAAUUAAUAAAAAAACAUAAUUAGAUCAAAAUCCAUGAUACAACUGUUUCUGAUGUGAGAUCUUUUUCAGAAAUAGAUCAUAAUUUUAUUCUUAUAAGUUACAUAUUUCUUUUGCUGUCAAUUUUAAUUUCAUUUUCUCUAUUUAUAAUGUCCUCUUUCCAUUGUCACUUAGCAGUAAGUUUCUUGUGUCAACAUGUAAGCAGAAUUUGAACAAAGUUGUUUCUUCAGUAUUGUCAUGACCGUGUACAAUAAAAUAACCAUAAAGACAGGUCUAACCUAGGAAUAUCAUUUACAAAUGGCUGAUACUGCAGUAGUAGUCAUGAGUUGACAGUUAACACUGAAUAGAUUUCUGUUGUACUUUAUCAGAGCUUGCAUUUCCUUUUUUUAUCAGAAUGCUUGUAACAUGCAAUAAGUAUCUUAAGAAAACAUUUUGAAAGCAAGAAUAUAAAUCAAAAUUUUUAGAAAAAGGAAAGCAGUAUGUGGCAGUAUGGUUGUUCUUGCUUCUUUUGACUUCAGAGUAAUUUAUUUUGUUUUAUUAUUUGUAACACGCCGCAAAAAUAUGCUGAAAGUUUCUUUUUUCCCCUUCAUGAUAAUUUCUUCCAAUAUUCCGAUAAAAAAAAUGCAGUAAAUUUUCACAGUGGUUUCUGUAGGAUUCUGUGUGGCAAUCUUGAUGACAUUGUUAUGAUCUAAAAUUUUGUUAAUCAUUUGUGGUUUUUAAUUUCACAAAGGGAGCAAAUUGUCCAGGCAUGAAAAAUAUUUGACAAUUUCCUUAUGAAUUAAAUAUAUUGAAACCCAAGGAAAAAAUAAAAUCUUUGCUACAUCAUUCCCACUCCAUCAAUGAAUUUCUGAAUGGACUGUGUAAAUGUAGAUUAAGAUUAAUGUAAAACCCUAUUAUGUAUUUAAUCAAGUAAUUUAUCUCAGAAAAUGUGUAACUCUAAAGAUGCUCUACAUCACAGCAAUAUACUGCAAAUAAGUUCAGCAGAAUGUGCAAGUAAUUAAACUAAACUGAGGUUAAAUUAUAUCGUAAAAAUUAUUUCAUAAGUAUGCAGAUAUGCAGAUGAAAAAGUAACCUAGUAACCAGCAAAACCAUCACCGUAAGAUAGCUGACCAAAAUGAAACUCUUUUUCUUUGCAUUUAAAUGUAAUUUUAGAUUUUGUUAGCAGUUAAAAUAAAAAUUUGUUUCCGUGGGCUGUGCUUAUAGAAUUGCAAAUGAGAUGUUAAAGCUUAUAUCUUCUCAAUAGUAUUUCUGUACUUUGUGACUGUGGCUUUUUUACAUAUCAUAUUAGUUUAGUGAACUGCAAACUAUGUGCACGUAUUUACAAUGUUUAUAAUAACUGACUUGUCUUAUCCGUACAUCAUAAGGGCUUGAUGUAUUUGCACAAAUGUGGGCACACACAUGCGCACAUGUACACACAGAGAGGUUUCUUUUUCAUGUGCCUUAUUUUGUCUGACAAUUUUAGAAGUGUGAACUGGCUCAGUUUUAAUACAGUAUAAUGGUUUUCUAAAUAAUUUAAGAAUCUAUUCAUUGUGUGAAGUAAUUUCAUAGCAUUGUGAUAAUAUAUAUAUAUAUUGGAUGUGUGUUACAAUUUUAAAACAAAUAUAAUUUUAUUGAUUAGAACUGUAAAUUAUGGUUUAAUAUGAUUUGGAAAUAAAAACUCAGCAUCAACAUUGUGACAUUUCAGAAGUUUUUGAAAGUAUUAUUCUUGUAAAUUCAUAAAUCACACAAAUAAAGAAUUAUUAUCUUUA